AUGGGUGGUAUACCAUACAAGUCCCUUGGAUGUGGUAUGUGCAAGAAGCGCAAGAUUAGGUGUGAUCUUGGACAGCCAGAAUGUGCUCGCUGUAUCAAAAAAGGAACUCCCUGUCCUGGUUACGACAAAGGCCGUAACUUUGUCCAUCAUACCAUGGUUACCCGGUUAGAGCACCAAGGCGUCACCCAGCGGCCAAUUGCUCAGCUUGUGGGACACAUUAAGCCUCUUGCGCUGCCUGCUUCUUUUGAUAUGAGUGCUCAAACUCGCACACAGCUCUUCUCUACUUUCUUGAACUCGUUCUUUCCUAUCAAUCUUGGCCAGUUUGGCAAAUCAGAUAGCUGGUACUACCUGAUGACCCGGUUUCCCUCAAUGGCGGGCGAAUCAGAUUUGCUAGAUCGAUCUAUUAUUGCACUUGCAGCUGCAUAUGUGGGGAAAUUGACCAAGGAUAAGCAAUUGAAGCGCCAAGGAGUGGAACUAUACAAUAAUGCCAUUUGCUUGAUGGCGCGCAGACUCAGCGGUGGGGAUCCCCCGACCCUGGAUGUGCUUUAUGCGGUUACGAUUUUACAUACCAAUGGCCUGAAGAAUUGUUUGACUCAUAUCCAAGGAUCAAGAGCUCUUAUGAGGAACUACAAAUAUGAUCACAGUGAUCAGAUGAUCCGCGCAAUGAUUACCCAACAAAACUGGGCCUCCACAUAUUAUGUUACCGAUAUGUUAUAUCGAAAAGAAUUGGACUGGCAAGCAGCUAGCGAAGCGGAUGGUGACACACCACUCAACGAGCUAUUCCGUCUAAUUGCAGAGACAUCAUUUCUACUGGAUGAUCUAGACCGGAUCGGUCAAUUAGAAUACAUCUACUUGCCAACAGCCUGCGAAGCGCUCCUGCAACGUUGCUAUGAGUUCGAACACAAGCUCCAAAUGCAAUGGCUUGCCGGAAAAGCGCUAGAGCUCGACGGAAAGCCUGUCCCCUGUUUAGCUGAGCAGCUCCAGAGUUCCACCAAGGUCUUACCGUGGGACCCCUGCCUCAAACCCUACGAAUUUGAAUCCUUGGAAACCGCAAAGACAUACCUACUCUUCUGGGUUGCAUCUAUCAUUGUCCGUCGAAUCAUUUAUCAAGUUGAGGGCUUCUUGGCUCCGAAUCCGGAUCCUUCAGCACUAUUAUAUUAUGCAAGUGAGAUCUCGAGGACCGCAGCCUACUGUCUGCAACCGAAGAAUCGAAUGUGCACGGGACAGGUACUCCUGCUUGCGAUUUCACAGGCUAAUAAGGGGUACGUGGACUGCGGACAUGUGGAAGGCUUUUACUGGAGCCAGAAUAUGUACCAGGUUUUACAAGACAGGGGUUUCGAUGUUGCGCCGAUCGUGAGUGAGAUUGAAUGGGCUUCUUGGAAUGAGGCUAGGAUACGAAGGGAGGAUAUGGAGAAUCUUGCCUUCUUAAUACCCCAGAAUGUGUUAUAA